AUCGGUGGCAACGAAAUAUUUUGCUCAGGAAUUUUGUUACCAUUUACCGAUUGAAACAAAGAAUUUGGAUUUAAAACACGGAUUGAACUAGUGCCGGGACAAUUUUAAACAUAAUGGAGAGUAAAGAAUCAUUCUGAAGAUGAUGAGAUUGACUGAUCAGCCGUGAAAUGUUAUGUUAAUCUAAUAAAUAGAAAAAUGAGUUUAGAAGAUUUUACAAGAUUAAAGGUUAUUGGAAAGGGGAGUUAUGGAGAAGUAUGGUUGGCCACUUACAAGAAUGACAGAAAAAAGCAGUAUGUAUUGAAAAAGAUGAAUCUAUCAAGAGCAUCAAAGAGGGAAAGAAAAUCAGCUGAACAGGAAGCUAAAUUAUUAUCUAAAUUAAAACAUCCUAAUAUUGUGUCAUAUAAAGAUUCAUUUGAAACUGGAAAUGGAUAUUUGUAUAUAGCUAUGCAGUACUGUGAAGGUGGUGAUUUAUAUAAUAAAUUAAAGGAACAGAAGGGUGUUCCAUUAGAAGAACGGCAAGUUGUAGAAUGGUUCAUUCAGAUAGCUAUGGCUUUACAGUAUCUCCAUGAAAGAAAUAUCCUACACCGAGACUUGAAAACACAGAAUAUAUUUUUAACAAAGAGUAAGAUUAUCAAAGUAGGUGAUUUAGGCAUUGCUCGAGUAUUAGACAGCUCCAAUGAUAUGGCUACAACAUUAAUUGGUACACCUUAUUAUAUGAGUCCAGAAUUAUUUUCAAAUAAGGCAUAUAACCACAAGUCUGAUGUAUGGGCAUUAGGAUGCUGUGUUUAUGAGAUGGCUACAUUAAAACAUGCAUUUAAUGCGAAAGAUAUGAAUGCUUUAGUGUACAAAAUAUUAAAAGGAAAGAUGCCUUUAAUGCCGAAGAAGUAUAGUGUUGAAUUAUUAGGUUUGAUACGAUGUAUGUUACAUCAAGAUGCUGACAAAAGACCUAGUGUCAAUAAAAUAUUACGAGAACCAUAUAUCAAGAAAAAUAUUGCCAUAUUUUUAGAAGAUACAAAAAAAAGGUCAGUGUAA